AUGAUGAAAAUAUUCAAAGCCUCAAAACCAUUGGCCUUCAACCACAGUCAGCCACCUUCAACCCUUUUACCACACUUUAAGAAUGAACUGUUUGGCAAUGACUACAUAACCUCCUUAUGUAGACAAAAGCAUUACAGAGAAGCCCUUCAAGCAUUUGACUUUCUGGACAAGAACACCAGUUUCAAAGUGUUUCCCAGCACUUAUGCCAAUUUGGUUUCCGCUUGCUCGUUUUUAAGGUCAAUUGAACAUGGUAGGAAAAUCCAUGAUCAUAUUUUGGGGUCCAAUUGCGAGCAAGACAUUGUUCUUCAGAAUCACAUUCUCAACAUGUAUGGGAAAUGUGGGUCGUUUUGGGAUGCGAGGAAGGUAUUUGAUGAAAUGCCUGAGAGAAAUGUGGUGUCUUGGACUUCACUCAUUGCUGGGUAUUCACAGAAUAGGCAGGAGGAUAAAGCAGUUGAGUUGUAUUUUCAAAUGCUUCGAUCGGGUUGUAAGCCUGAUCAGUUCACUUUUGGAAGUGUAGUGAAAGCGUGUUCGGGUUUGGGAAAUGUGUGGUUAGGGAGACAGGUCCAUGCCUAUGUAGUGAAAUCAGAAACUGGUUCACACCCUAUUGCACAAAAUGCGCUUACUUCAAUGUACACUAAGUUUGGUCUAAUUGCUGAUGCAUUUGAUGUGUUUACGCGUGUUGCGACAAAGGAUUUGAUUUCUUGGGGUUCAAUCAUUGCAGGGUUUUCGCAACUUGAUUAUGGCAAUGAAGCUUUGGCUCAUUUUAAGGAAAUGUUGUGUCAGGGUGCUUACAUUCCUAAUGAGUUUAUAUUCGGAAGUGCUUUUAGUGCGUGUAGCGGCCUUGUUCAACCGGAAUAUGGAAGGCAGAUACAUGGGAUGUGCAUAAAGUUUGGUUUAGGGAGAGACAAUUUUGCUGGAUGCUCCCUUUGUGACAUGUAUGCAAAUUGUGGGCAUUUAGAAUCUGCAAGAACUGUAUUUUUUCACAUAGACCGGCCUGAUUUGGUGUCCUGGAAUGCAAUGAUUACGGGAUUUUCUAAUUUUGGAGAUGCUAAUGGAGCCAUAUCUUUCUUUUCUAGGAUGCAGCACAUGAAACUGAUCCCUGAUGAAGUUAGUGUACUCUCUGUACUUUCUGCUUGCACAAGCUCUCCAACACUGUCUCAGGGUAGGCAGGUUCACUCCUACAUUAUCAAGACAGCACUUGAUUUUACUGUAUCUGUCUGUAAUGCUUUGCUAACAAUGUAUGCUAAGUGUUCAAAUCUCGAUGAUGCAUUUGUUGUGUUCAAAGAUAUGAGAAAUCGUGCUGCUUCAGUUUCUUGGAAUGCCAUUAUUACCGCGUGCAUGCAGCACAACCAGGCUGGAGAAGUUUUCAGAUUACUGAAGUUGAUGCUUAUUUCUGAAAUUAGGCCUGAUUAUAUUACUGUCAGUAAUGUAAUUGGUGCAUGUGCAGAUAUAGCAUCUCUGGAAGUUGGGAAUCAAAUUCAUUGCUUUACUGUGAAAAGUGGGCUUGUAUUUGGUGUUACUGUCAGCAAUGGAUUGAUUGACAUGUAUACAAAGUGUGGAUCGCUUGAAAGUGCCCAAAAGCUUUUUAGUUUGAUGGACAAUCCAGAUGUUGUAUCAUGGAGUAGUUUAAUUAUGGGUUAUGCUCAGUCUGGAUGUGGAGAGGAAGCUCUUGAGCUGUUUAAAACAAUGAAAGCAUUGGGGGUAAAACCAAAUGAAGUUACACUGGUGGGGGUCCUUACUGCUUGCAGUCAUAUUGGACUGGUAGAAAAAGGGCGGCAAGUGUAUAAAACCAUGGAAUCUGAACAUGGUAUUGCACCAACAAGAGAGCAUUGUUCUUGUAUGGUUGACUUACUUGCUCGUGCUGGAUGCUUACAUGAAGCGGAGGAGUUCAUCAAGCAAGUGACAUUUGAACCCGACAUUGUUGUAUGGAAGACUCUACUGGCAGCCUGCAAAACCCGUGGGAACACUGAUAUAGGAAAACAGGCUGCCGAGAAGGUACUAGAACUAGAUCCUUCAAAUUCUGCUGCUCUCGUAUUACUAUGCAACAUCAGUGCUUCUUCUGGCAGAUGGGAUGAAGUUGCUAGAUUGAGGAAUUUGAUGAGAGAAAGUGGCGUCAAAAAAGUUCCAGGUCAGAGCUGGAUUGAAAUCAAGGAUAGGAUCCAUGUCUUUUUGGUUGAAGAUAGUUCACACCCAGAGAGGGGUCAAAUAUAUGCAAUGCUAGAGGAGUUGUGGUUGCAGAUGUUGGAUGAUGGCUGUGAUCCACUUCAGCCAUAG